AUGGAAGUUUUAGGUGACCAGAAUUGUUAUAAACUAGCUAGCACAAUGGAAGUUUUAGGUGACCAGAAUUGUUAUAAACUAGCUAGCACAAUGGAAGUUUUAGGUGACCAGAAUUGUUAUAAACUAGCUAGCACAAUGGUAGUUUUCUGUGACCAAAAUUGUUUUAAACUAGCUAACACAAUGGUAGUUUUCUGUGACCAGAAUUGUUUUAAACUAGCUAACACAAUGGUAGUUAUAUGUGACCAAAAUUGUUAUAAACUAGCUAGCACAAUGGAAGUUUUAUGUGACCAAAAUUGUUUUAAACUAGCUAGCACAAUGGAAGUUUUAUGUGACCAAAAUUGUUUUAAACUAGCUAACCCAAUGGUAGUUUUCUGUGACCAGAAUUGUUAUAAACUAGCUAGCACAAUGGUAGUUUUAUGUGACCAGAAUUGUUAUAAACUAGCGAGCACAAUGGAAGUUUUAUGUGACCAGAAUUGUUAUAAACUAGCUAGCACAAUGGUAGUUUUCUGUGACCAGAAUUGGUUUAGACUAGCGAGCACAAUGGGAAUUUUCUGUGACCAGAAUUGGUUUAGACUAGCGAGCACAAUGGGAGUUUUCUGUGACCAGAAUUGGUUUAGACUAGCGAGCACAAUGCAAGUUUUCUGUGACCAGAAUUGUUUUAGACUAGCGAGCACAGUUGAAGUUUUCUGUGACCAGAAUUGUUAUAAACUAGCGAGCACAAAGGUAGUUUUCUGUGACCAGAAUUGUUAUAAACUAGCUAGCACAAUGGUAGAUUUCUGUGACCAGAAUUGGUUUAGACUAGCGAGCACAAUGGUAGUUUUCUAUGACCAGAAUUGUUUUAGACUAGCGAGCACAGUUGAAGUUUUCUGUGACCAGAAUUGUUAUAAACUAGCGAGCACAAAGGUAGUUUUCUGUGACCAGAAUUGUUAUAAACUAGCGAGCACAAUGGUAGUUUUCUGUGACCAGAAUUGUUUUAGAUUAGCGAGCACUAUGGAAGUUUUCUGUGAACAGAAUUGUUUUAGACUAGCGAGCACAAUGGUAGUUUUCUGUGAACAGAAUUAUUUUAGACUAGCGAGGGCAAUGGUAAUUUUCUAUGACCAGAAUUGGUUUAGACUAGCGAGCACAAUGGUAGUUUGCUGUGACCAGAAUUGUUUUAGACUAGCGAGCACAGUUGAAGUUUUCUGUGACCAGAAUUGUUAUAAACUAGCGAGCACAAAGGUAGUUUUCUGUGACCAGAAUUGUUAUAAACUAGCGAGCACAAUGGUAGAUUUCUGUGACCAGAAUUGUUUUAAACUAGCGAGCACAAUGGUAGUUUUCUGUGACUAG